AUGACCACUCUCGAUCGAAUCAUAAAACAUGAGAAAGAGACUGGAAGGCAGUUGCCAAAAAAGUUUGGGAAUAUGGAGCUGCCAAAACAGGAGGCAGGGAACCAGCAACCCCGAGAGAAAAUUCUAAAGCGUUUGAAAAAGACCAACCGUUGCAUUGGUUGUGGUUCAAAAAUGCAUAAAUUUGUCGAAUGCAAAGACAAAGGAUACAUGCAGUGUGGGAAAGAAACAUCGCACUUCGACAUACCGGAAAAAGAGGUGAAACCAAAGCCAGCACAAGUUCGGCAAAAUUUUGCGCUUUGUGAAGAAAGUGACACACAUGUUGAAAACCACCAAACUUCUGACCUCAUAGUUAUUAGGAUUGAAACACAUCAAGAAAAGGAAAUCAUAGCGACUAUUUCUUCACCUGGAACUCUACGCACCUUACAUCCAAGGACGCAAAAACUCGGUACACUUCAGGUUCUGCUGUAUAAGGGUGCGAAUCGUAGUUUUAUUGAUGCCAAGAUAGCCGACGAGCUCCUAUUGGCAAAUCAUUACGUAGUCACCAUGAAACGCAGGACUUUCGGUGCAGAAACCGCAAAGGAGAUUCAGUGCAUCGAUACGUGCUUAAAGAUAUGGAAUUCUGAGGGAGAACAGCAUAAACUGUGGCUCUCUGCGUAUAAUAACCUAACAAGAAACUUUACUAAAGGGAAACUUCGAAAAAAAGAUCUGUUCUUCAUACAGAAGAAGCAUAUGAAGUUGAGAUUCCAGAUAAUGGAGUUUUCUAUCCCCCCAGAUCCUGAUUGGAUAUGA